GUCUAUAUGUAUGUCUACAGAGAAAGGCGCAGAACCAUCGUCAUGAUGAAUGCGAUCGGAGUAUCAUCCUCCACCUAUCCCUCGGCAGCUCCGUCUGUCUGACGGCCACCACAGUGCAUGUCGUUGUCAGCAGCCAAGUAUUCCCAUCAGCAGGGAUACACACACGCACACUCCCGCUCAUCUUCAGGUCCGGCCGUUAUCGGGCAGCCGAGAGGUGAUGAUGGAGGAGCAGCGUGUGGCAUCUCCGGGUCAGCGUUCAUUGUUGCGGCCUGUCCGAAUCCGGGAGGAGGCACCAUCGAUGAUAUCCCUCCAGCCGUACAAGGCGGCCCGGGGACGACCCCGAUGCUAUGUCUUCCAUCCCUAGCCCAGGCGCCCAUGUCUUUCAAACUGACCUGGGUGACCACGCCAUGCUGGUGGGAGAUGUUCUCGAGGCCGUAGUGAUCUUUCAAGCCACUGUUGUAUCGUUGCCCACUGUAGGUGUACAACAUGCCAUAUCGCCCGAGGGAGGGAGAGC